UUACAGGAGCUGGUGUCCUUUGAGGACGUAGCCGUGGACUUCACCUGGGAGGAGUGGCAGGAGCUGGAUGCUGCCCAGAGGACCCUCUACAAGGACGUGAUGCUGGAGAACUACAGCAGCCUGGUGUCCCUGGGACACUGUGUGAACAAACCUGAGCUGAUCUUCAAGUUGGAGCAAGGACUUGGGCCAUGGAAUGUGGCAGAAGCCUCAGACAGGAACCUCCCAGGUCAGUGAAUGCACAUUGAGUAAGGAAGGUCAGCAAGCAGAAAGCUCAUCAGUUAUUGGCUACAUUGAGCUUUUUCUAUUGACUUUUUAUCUAAAU